AUGGGCAGUCCAGUUUCCAGAGACCUCUGUGAAAUGGUGGUCAGACAAUUGGAAAACAGGAUCCUACCACACUUUCUCCACAAUAUACUCCUGUACAAAAGAUACAUAGAUGACAUAAUUAUUUUCUGGAGGACAGCUCCAAAUCUAACACAGUUUGUCGACACAAUGAACGACAAUCCAUACGGGCUGGUCAUUGAGGUGGAACAACACAGCCCCACCAGGGUCUACUUCUUGGACAUAGAUAUCACAAUUGAAGGGUCGGACAUACACAUGUCUGUUUAUCGUAAAUCAAGUGCUAUCUCCACUUAUAUUCCAGUUGGGUCGUGUGAUCCUUUUCCAUACAAAAUAGUAGCAUUCAGGGCCUUGGUUAGGAGAGCGUUCACGCAUUCUUCCACUCCACAAGCACUAGCACAGGAAGUAACUAUAGAAGAGAUAGCUGUGGCCCAACAACAACCACCUUGUACAGUUUGCAACCUUAUACAGUUUUUUUAA